AUGGCCAGCAAGGUCGACCGCAUAGUAGCCCGGCUGCAGGCCAAGAUCGAAGAGGGCGACUACUACGAGGCUCAGCAGCAGACCCGUGUCGCCGCAUCUCGCUACAUUAAGACCUCCAACUGGCCCGCCGCUAUUGAUAUCCUCUCCAAUGUCUCCCAGGCGUUGCUGCGCGCGGGACAGGGUGGUAGUGGUGGGGAUCUCUGUGCCAUGUUGGUUGAUGUCUACAAGCAGGCUGAGUUGAAGCCCGAUGCUACCAGCAAGGGUAGACUAUUGACCUGUCUGCGACUGUUCCCAGCUGGUGAACCCACGAGGAAGAAGUUUGUCGGCGAGAUCAUCGGAUGGUCAGCCAAGUUUGGCGAUUACCCAGCUGGAGAUCCAGAGCUUCACCACGUCGCCGGUUCACUCUACGCCGAAGAGCACGAUACAUACGAGGCCGAGAAACAUUUAAUAUUGGGCACCAAGGAUUCGCCCGAGGUUCUUACAAAGAUGGAAUACACUUGGUACAGGGAGGGCGACCCUCAUCUGGCAGCUCUCUUUGCUGGCCGUGCUGUGCUCCCCUACCUCUUGGUCGGAAACGUUCGUGCCGCCAACACCUGCUACCGCCUCUUCACCAGCUCUCUUUCCAGCGACAACCCAAACAUCGGUGUCCAAGACGUGUCGAGCUCUGCUGGUGAUAUUCGCAUCUUCCCAAGCCUACCCCUCCUCAACUUCCUCGGCUUCCUCCUGCUUGCUAUCCAGCGUGGCGCCCCCGAGCUCUACCGCGCCCUGGUAUCCAAGUAUGCGACGCAAAUCAACGAGGCAGGAUCGUGGAGCGAGGCGCUCGAGAUGGUCGGCGAAAUGUACUUCGGUCUCACCAAGCCUCGACAGAACAACCCUCUCAUGGAUAUGAUGAGCGGGUUCUUUGGCGGCGGCGGUGGCCAGCCAGAGAAGCCAAAGCGUAAGCAAGUUACGCAACGGCAAGAUGCUCCUGCAGCAGAGGGUCUGGACUAA